UAUCUAACAGCAAACACUCUGUUAUAUUAUUAAAAUGGUGGUACAAGAUGAUGGUGGCCUGGAGCUUGAAAAUUGGAAGGUUAAAAAGCUAUUAAAGGAAGCACAGCAAAGAGCAAAGUAUGGAAGGUGAUAAGGAAAAAAAUGAUGGCUGCCCUGCUUGGUGCUGUUUUUUUUCAAAGAGCCCAAACUUUGCAGAGAGUGAAACAAAUAUGGGCAGAUAGUGUGUGAAACACUGUUGCUGCUUGGGAAAGAGGGGAGGCUAAGAUAUUUCUCAUGGGUACCAUCCUCUGACUCACUAAGAUAUUUUAGCUCACGAGGCCAUGCCUCCUGGUUCCUUUCUUAGUGUCACAUGAAAAUGAGCAGAGGGUGGGUCAUCAGGAGAGGGCUCUUCAGGAAGAGGAAAGCUUCCUUUAUGGAGACCUGUAGGCGGUGUUGAGGGGGCAUGUCUCCACACCAUGCACCCGCCUGGGUGACCUCCACAUAUAAACAGUGCCUCCCUGGCCCUCUGUAGGAGUCCUGAAAGAACAGCCUGCAGUCCAACCCUGCAGGAGUCCCAGCUGAGGCCACAGGAGUUUAAGCCCACUCUGAACACGGAGCCCUUUUCCAGGUUCUCUCUCUCUCAUCCUGAUUCUUGCCACUGGAAGCAGGACCUGGCAACCACUGAUCCACUUCUCAUCACUAGACUAUAGUUCUGCCUUUUCUAGAAGUCCACAUAAACAGAAUCAUACAGACACUAUCCUCUCCCUGUGUGAUGGCAUGCUCACGGACCUGCUCCCGCAUUCUGGGGCUGAGCCUCGGGACUACAGCCCUGUUUGCUGCUGUGGCCAACACACUGCUCCUGUUUCCUAACUGGGAUGUGACCUACCUAUUGAGGGGCCUCAUUGGCAGGCAUGCCAUGCUGGGCUCUGGGCUCUGGGGAGGAGGCCUCAUGGUGCUCACUGCAGCUACCCUCAUCUCCCUGAUGGGCUGGAGAUAUGGCUGCUUCAGUAAGAUCGGGCCCUGCCGUAGGAUGCUUACCGCUCUGUUGUCAAGUGGCCUGGCUUUGCUUGGAGCCUUCAUUUGCUUUAUCACUUCUGGAGUAGCCCUGAAAGAUGGUCCUUUUUGCAUGUUCGAUGUCUCACCCUUCAAUCAGACACAGGCUUGGGAACAUGGUUACCCAUUCAAAGACCUGCAUAACAGGAAUUAUUUGUAUGAACAUUCACUCUGGAACUCUGUCUGCCUGGAGCCUUCUAAAGCUGUCGUUUGGCACGUGUGCUUCUUCUCCACCCUUCUGUGCAUCAGCCUCCUCCAGAUUCUCCUGGUGGUCAUUCAUUUCAUCAACAGCUUCCUGGGCCUUUUCUGCAGCCUCUGUGAGAAGUGACAGGUAAUGCCCUCUCAUACAUAAGUGUUUUCAUCAUGUGCUGCCUUGAACCUUUCCUGCAAGAGAGGGUACAAAUUAUAAACAAAUUUCCCUUUAGGAAGUCAUGUGGUAAUAAUAACAAUGAUUCCUUGCAUAUAUAUUGACUGAUACAAUGAAUUUAAAAUCAAUUACUACAAGAUGAUAUAGUAAGAGAAGAAAUAGUUAAAUCAUUAUUAUUGUGUAGGAACUUAUAGUCCAUGAAAUGUCCUCCAGCCAUGAUCUCAUUUCAGCUUCUCAACAGCCCUGUAAAACUGGCCACAUGUUAGAGAUGAAGUUGAGGCUCCUAGAGGAUAAUGGACUUGCCGCCCAAAAGCACUUAAUUAGGUUCAGGAAAAGUCAGUACCGGAGCCCCUACCUUCCAAAUUCAAGUUCACCAGCUUAUUAAUAAGACUGAAUUUUGUGGCUCCCAAAUUCAUAGGUUGAUGCUCUAGCCUUCAAUGUGACUUUGGAGAUAGGACCUUUAAGAAGCUAACUCAGGCUGAGUGAGUGAUAGAUGCUCAGUCAUGUCCGACUCUCUGUGACCCCAUGGACUGUAGCCUUCCAGGUUCCUCUGUCCAUGGGGAUUCUCCAGGCAAGAAUGCUGGAGUGGAUUGCCAUGCCCCCCUCCAGGGGAUCUUCCCAACCAAGGGAUCAAACCCAGGUCUCCUGCAUUGCAGGCGAAUUCUUUACUGAAUGAGCCCCCAGGGAAGCCCUAAGCCUUAACUUCGGUUAGAUGGGGUCAUAAGAGUGGGACCCUAAUCCAGUAAGACUGGCAUCCUUAUAAGAAGAGGAUGAGACAACAAGUACAUGAAAAGAUGCUUAAUAUUACUAAUCAUCAGGGAAAUGCAAAUGCAAACCAUAAUGAGAUAUCACCUUAUAUCUGUUAGAAUGGCUAUU